UACGUUCAAAAUCUCCCUCACUUCCUCUUUCUUCUCUCUUGAUUUGAUUUGAUUUUUAUUUUGGUUUCUUAGAAGAUUCAGCUGCAAAGAGGAAGAUAAGUAAAUUAGAGGUGAAUUUUGUACAAUUUUUAGAAUUGGGUUUUUCUUUUUGGUAUUAGGCGAGUGAUCGAGGGCGGAGGGAUCAUCGGGGAAUAUUACCAUGGACCGGACUGAACAAACUGAACAGCAACAGCCUGUGAUGGGAGUUGUAGCUGGUGCCGGUCCUCACCAAACUGCUCUCACGAUCGCUUCCGCCACUCCAGCAGUGGCGGUCCCUUCACCGACUGCUUUCUCUAGUUUGCAGCACCAACUUGCCUACCAACAAGCACAGCAGUUCCACCACCAACAGCAGCAGCAACAACAACAGCAGCUUCAAACGUUCUGGGCCAACCAGAUGCAAGAAAUCGAGCAAAUGUCGGACUUCAGGAACCACAGUCUCCCACUUGCACGGAUCAAAAAGAUAAUGAAAGCGGACGAGGAUGUGCGGAUGAUAUCGGCAGAGGCUCCUGUAAUUUUUGCGAAAGCCUGCGAGAUCUUCGUCUUGGAGCUCACGUUGCGCUCCUGGAUCCAUACAGAAGAGAACAAAAGGAGGACAUUACAGAAGAACGAUAUCGCAGCCGCCAUUUCACGGACCGACAUCUUUGAUUUCUUAGUCGAUAUUAUUCCGAGAGAGGAGUUAAAAGAGGAGGGACUCGGUGCCACCAAGGCUGCCAUUCCUUUAGUUACUUCACCUGCUGAGAUGCCAUACUAUUAUGUUCCGCAGCAUCCGUUGGGGCACGCUGGGAUGAUAAUGGGAAAACCAGUUGAUCAAGCUGCAUUGUUUCCUGGCCUUCAACCUCAACCACCCGUGGCUUUCAUGCCAUGGCCCCAAGGUCAGCCACCGCAGCAGCAAAAAUCUGAACAGCCACAAAGUGAUUCUUGACGGAGAAGGGAUGAGCCCCCAAGACAUUGUAAUAUCGACAUUUCUGUUGUCCUUGAAAGACUGGUUUAUCUGUAGUUUAGGUUGUCAUCAUAGGUUUAUUGAGUAGCCGGACUCCUAGUUUAUGAUUUCUUCAAUGCUAGCUUUCGAUUCAGGUACGGACGAUAC